AUGUUCGAAGUGGCAGGACUUUGCAGAAAGAAGCAGGCGGAGACCCCGGAGCAGAUCACAUGUUCGUUGGGUGUCAUGAUGCUACGGUGCCUGCUUCAGGAACUCAGCAAUCGCCUCAGCCAUGCCUUGAAAUCCCCGGAGGUCUUAGCGGCAUUGGUCAAGCAAGAGAUGGUAACGGACAAGCAGGACUGGAUGUACAUGCUUUGGGACAAGGACAAUGGCAAGCUGAUGCCACAGAUGCCACGCGCAACCCGCUGUCCGCCAAGGACCUACGGCAAACCAUUCAGGCUCGAAGCGGACACAAAGAAUGCUCUGGUGCCGUUCCUCAUCGAUGUCUCGGGACGGCAGGAUGUUUCAGGGUACGGAGGCACUCUGCUGUGGGUGUGUGCAUUGGCGGCACGUCUCAUGAGCCUGUAUGCUUCACUCGACAAGCCAGCUUCUGAAGUGGUGGAUGAUGCCUCGUUGGCUAUGUAUCUGUGGUUGCGCCGUAUUCCCCACCCUCGACAAUUUGUUGCCGACCUUGGUGUGCGGCAUUACUUUGCGCAAUACCCUUCAGAUGCCGAUACCACCACACAGAUUCGUGCACAAAUCUAUCAGGAACUGGAGCAUGCCAACCUGGAUGUAGCCAUCACCUUCUUUCGUCACAUGCUGGAUCAGUCACAUCGUGAGGAUUUUUACGAGGACAUUUAUCGACAUAUACUUUCACACAUGAUUACUGAGCCGAGGCCUAUCACGGCUAUGCAUCCAACAUUGUUUCAGCAGCCUGCGCAGUCUUCAGUGGAUCCAAUGCGAGUGCCUCGAGCCCCGUUGACUCUUGAGUCUCAGGUGGAAACUCAGGAUGAUCAUGAUGACCUGCGUGAAAGCCGCAACGGGUGCCCCUCACCGGCGCCAACUUUGAUUGAAUCUUCUGGUUCGGAAGCAACGAUGGAUUAUGGAGAUUCCAGAGUUCUGGCUUUCAUGGAUGAUGAUGCUGAUACAUAA